AUGGGGGAGCUUCGUGAGUGUAACUGGACACGGUGUGGGAUUGCGUCGGGUCGCUGUUCUGAUACAGCCAGUCAGGCCAUAUUUUUGGAAACUCAGAUGUUUGGCAGCAGUAUCGGUCGUACAAUCAGAACGUGCCUUCCUUCAGCAAUCUCAUCGAGAAGGCAUUUCCAGCAGUUAUAUGUAGUCAUGAGGAAGUAUCAGGCCAAGGUAGUAUCUGUUUGCCAAAAAAAGAAAUACGGAUCUACUCGAAGUGUUGUGCGAAGACUUGGGACAAUUCUUUCCUUACAGCCCUACCCAAGACCUUAUUUCCAACUGGUUCAAGACCCAAGUCCAUUGGGUUACAAUGAACAAAGCACAGCUCCAACUCCUGUAGUUCCAUCUCUUGCUGAUGUCCUGUGGGUGGCAAAUGAUGAGGGACAAGCAUUUACUAGACUUAGGACUGAAUUAUGGAGAAAAGAAAAAAGUACAGCUUAUCAUGACCUACAUCCAUCUGUAGAUUCAAUACAAAGUGUUCCAAAAAACAGUACACAAAAAGACAGUGUGGUUGAUCAAGCAACACUCCAGAAAAUUUCUGUGCUUGAAGAUGAGCUAACCUUUCUUCGUGCUCAGAUUGCUGCGAUUGUUUCAGCGCAGUCAUUGGGGAGCGUUCCAUCACAAGCCUUUAAAACAUUCAGCAUUCCAGAUGGAUUUUACCCAGUGCCAGCCAUGACUUCUACGCCAUUGUCCGUCUCUCACAAUCACUUUGUAAUUCCCUCGCCUCCUCCACUUCCUUCUGGUGUACCAUCUGCUGUUGAGGCUAGUAAUUCAGCAGUUGAACUUAUAAAACAACGUCGUGCUGCAAGAAACAGUGGUUCAACUGCAACUGAUAGUGCUGAUCACCAGAGGACAAAGGACAUUCCUAGUAUGAUGGAUGUUUUGAAAGACCUAAAUAAAGUUCAGUUGCGAGCUGUUGAGAGGUCACCUGGAGGUACUCCUCUUUUGAAACCCAAAAAGAGGCGGAGUACAGAUUGGGAUCCAGUUGCUUUACUAACUCAUGCACUAAAGCAGAAAUUUGCACAUCAAAAUAAUGAUGAAGAUGACUCCUUGGACAAAGAAAACCGAUCUUCUGGUAGCUCCUCAUUUUCUAGUCCAGAGAUCCCACUGGUUGGACGUUGCAGUCUGAAGCCAAAUACAAAAUCUAGCCUCUUAAGAACCGAUGAAGUCAAACAGGUACCAGCAUGGAAAGCGAGAGCUCAUAUUUAA